CGCCUUCUUUUGCAGUGUCAAACGAUCUCUGGUCUGUGAAAUAUACUCCUGAUUUACAGAAAGAAGGACUACAAUCCAGACUGCGAGACUCGAACCCAACAGCCAUGGAAGAGCUAACUCAUAUGAUAGACAGCGAGGUGUUCCUGGCCUUCUCUACCUACGCCACUAUCGUCGUCCUCAAGAUGAUGCUGAUGUCUCCUAUGACUGCAUACUUCCGCUUCACGAGAAAGUGUUUUGCCAACAUGGAAGACACAGGGAUGGCCAAGACUCCAGAGGACAAGAAGAGGAUGCUGAGAGUUGAUCCGGAUGUGGAACGUGUGAGAAGAUGCCACCAGAACGACCUGGAGAACAUCAUCCCGUUCAUAGUGAUUGGUCUGCUGUAUACCCUGACGGGGCCCGACCUCUCCACUGCUCUGCUCCACUUCCGGGUGUUUGUUGGUUCCAGGCUCUUCCACACGGUGGCCUACGUCCUCCCCCUGCCCCAACCCAGCAGAGGUCUAGCUUGGAUGGUUGGCAUGGGAGCUACCUUCUCCAUGGCAUACAGAGUGCUAAGCACAACGCAUCUCUGAAGAGGCGAUCAAUCAAUUAAUAAUUAAUCAGAUUGAUUGAUUCCAAGUUUUCAGAUGGCCUAAAAUAGUCCUCGGGACACUCUACCUCUGAGGAGACACUCACACAUUUAUCAGACCUGGGUCAAAUAGGCUACAUAAUGUUAAAUACAUUUGACAGUGCUUGAUUGUACUUGGAGUUUGCACUUCUGGGACUAUUCUAUUGGUUCUGUUGUAUCAGGCAGACUAACUAUAAAUUUUCUGCACGUUUUGUUUUUAACUCAGCACUGAAUUUGAUCUGUGCAAAAAAAAAAUGUAUUAAUAUCAGCAAAAAAACAAUUAAACUAAACGUAGGGCUCGAUUCAAUCAAUUUCACGGAAGGUCAGUGCUAGAGCGCAGUAGACAUUAAACGGCAACGUUCUCGCGGAAACUCAAUUCAAGGUAAACGCUGCAUACAUUCGGAAACUACAUUUAACAUUUCAAGUGCGCUAAGAGCGCUGACCUUAGGCGAUACGGAUUCAGUGGAGCCCUAAACUAAAAUCAAGUAUCGUUCAGUAUCCGAUACCGCGUGUAAUCUGGCUAUUUUUUACCCACAUCAACUCACCAGUUUAUUGGUCGCAGUACACAGAUUUGCAGAUGUUAUCGCAUGUGCUGUAAAAUGAUAGUGUUUCUAGGUCCAAUAGUGCAGUCAUACCGAGCAAUACAUUCAAAUGAAUCAAACAUACACACCAUGACCCGGUCUGUCUGGUUGUCUGACUGACUGCAAAACACCUAUUUUAUAUUUUAGACAUUUUUUUGCAUCGGAUGUGAUAAUCUAAUGUUUAUAAAUGAUUAAAUUCGGGUUUUGGGAAUUAAAGUUGAAUUAAAAAUGUGGAGGGGAUUAUUGUUUGAUUUUAAUUGAAAUAGGGCCUAUGAAGUAGGCUACAAGCACCAGAUAUAUUUAGCUAAUUGGCUAAUGAAUAUGACCUUAUACUUGAUCUGAAUUGAAAUAGGGCCUAUGAAGUAGGCUACAAGCACCAGAUAUAUUUUGCUAAUUGGCUAAUGAAUAUGACCUUAUACUUGAUCUGAAUUGAAAUAGGGCCUAUGAAGUAGGCUACAAGCACCAGAUAUAUUUAGCUAAUUGGCUAAUGAAUAUGACCUUAUACUUGAUCUGAAUUGAAAUAGGGCCUAUGAAGUAGGCUACAAGCACCAGAUAUAUUUUGCUAAUUGGCUAAUGAAUAUGACCUUAUACUUGAUCUGAAUUGAAAUAGGGCCUAUGAAGUAGGCUACAAGCACCAGAUAUAUUUUGCUAAUUGGCUAAUGAAUAUGACCUUAUACUUGAUCUUAAUUGAAAUAGGGCCUAUGAAGUAGGCUACAAGCACCAGAGAUAUUUUGCUAAUUGGCUAAUGAAUAUGACCUUAUACUUGAUCUUAAUUGAAAUAGGGCCUAUGAAGUAGGCUACAAGCACCAGAUAUAUUUUGCUAAUUGGCUAAUGAAUAUGACCUUAUACUUGAUCUAAUUCUGUAUCUUUUUAAAUUCUGUAUAUGUUUUCAGAUCUAUAUAUCAGCUGAUCUGUUUACUAGGCCACGUAUCUGUAAUGCUACUGAUUGGUUUGCUUUGUUCGUUCCAUUUUCUAAGCCAAUCAGGGAUUGGCCCUUUUUUAAUGCUUUCCACCUGUGAAUAAACGAACGAUCUCUACAAUGA